AUGAUUCGCGCCGUGCAAGAAAAGGAACAGGGAACAGCUGUUUACGGAAUUACACAGUUCUCUGAUCUGUCACCGGAAGAAUUCAAGAAGGGUCUUUAUGCAAACCAU